AUGAUGUCAAUUAAAGAAGAGGAAGAGGUGUCGGAUAUUCCAAUGUCCCAGUCUCAUUUUGCUAAAUUUGAUAAUUUUACACCCAACGACGACGCGUCUUUCGACGAUGAGUUCUCCCGCCUCGCGUCUUCUCAAAAUUGGGUUCCGGGCUCCCAAGUCUACACGCAGGAACGCACCAUUGCGAUGCGCCAAGAACUUCAACUGCACUACUUUUCGCAGUCGAAGCUGCAAGGAGAGAAGCUGACCGAAGAGGAACAAUUGAGAGGAUACCAAGGCCUCUGUCGUGAGAUUCGCAUACCCGAAAGGGACUCAAUAGUCGAAUGCAAGAAGGACCUCAAGAAUACACUUGUCAAUAUAGUUGACCUUAUUGAUGCGCGACGGGUGCAAAAGGACGUCAAGGUUUGGGAUGAUUUCGAAGCGUUCCGCGCCUAUACGCUUCAGGAUGAACAUCGCAUAAACAUGCGCGAGGCAAAACAAGAUGGGGGAUAUCUGGCAGCUUUGCUGCAGCGCCUCCGGGACCCGCACUCACGAAGUAGGAACCGUGGAAGAAGUCGUCGUUCAAACCCUGGCCGAACUGCAGGGAACAUGGUACAGAAGAGGUCCAAGCCUAAGCAGGUCAAAAGUCGUUUAGCUACAACUCCUUGA